UUGAGAUCAGCAGGAUUGUUCAGAAAUGUGAUUUUUGGUCGGCGACCGAGUGGCAUGGCGGCCACGGCACUGGGGCCGGCCUGGUGCGCUGUGCGCCCCGCGAGCCUGCAGCUGGGAGCGCUGCCCACGCAGACGAGCGACGCGCCCCGGCGGGCCUCGCUGCUGGCCUUCUGGGGGCUCGCGCCCAUGAGAGCAGAACCUCUGCGAAAGAAGAAGGUGGACCCUAAGAAAGAUCAAGCAGCGAAGGAGCGCUUGAAAAAGAGGAUCCGAUGCCUGGAAAAGGCGAGCCAGGAGCUAAUUCCCAUUGAGGAUUUCAUCACGCCCGUCAGGUUCCUGAAUAAAGCGAGGGCGCGGCCGCCGGUGGAGUGCCCCUUCGAGGAGAGCGAGCGGAGAGCCCUGCUUCUGAAGAAGUGGUCGCUGUACAAGCAGCGCGAGCAGGAGAUGGAGAGGGGCGCCAUCGGGGCCCUGCUCGAGGCCCAGCGGGAAGCUCUGCAAGAGCUGAAGCUCACGGCCCCGGAACGCCAUGCCGAAGCCACCAAGUGGGACCCCAGUCUGUUUCCCUUUCAGAGACAAGGGCCAGACUACACGCCGCCAAUCGCCAACUACCAACCCCCGGAAGGCAGGUACCACGACAUCUCCAAGGUGUACACACAGGUGGAAUUCAAGAGAUAG